AUGUGCAAGGGACUUGCUGCAUUGCCAGCCACUUGCUUAAAAAGUGCAAAAGAUAUGAAGCAUCAUCUGGAUUUCUUACUGCAGAAGCCUGGUUCAUGUGAGCACAGCUCUUCCCACAGCAAGAAGGAGAAAAUGGCUCCACCCCAGAGGGUUAGCCACAAGGAAGUCCAGAAAUGGACUGACUGUUUGGAGAACCUGAUACAUCAUAACAGUGGGCUGGCUGCUUUCCAGGCUUUCCUCAAGUCUGAGUACAGCAAGGAGAAUAUUGAGUUCUGGGUGAGCUGCAAGGAGUACAAGAAAACCAAAUCGCCAGCCAACCUUAGCCCCAAGGCCAGGAAGAUUUACAAUGAGUUCAUCUCUGUGCAGGCUACUAGAGAAGUGAACUUGGAUUCCUGCACAUGGGAAGUGACCAGCCACAAUGUUCUCAAGCCCACCCUGUCGUGCUUCGACGAGGCUCAGAAAAAAAUCUUCAUCCUCAUGGAGAAGGAUUCUUACCGCUUCUUCCUCAAAUCUCACUUCUACCUCGAUUUGGUCAGUCCACCUGCAACUACUUGUGGGACUCAGAACCACAAAAGAGCUACGUCUCCUGCCUUAGCCUGCUUCUCCCCUCUGGUCUCUCAGUACACUUAG